ACACGUAGCCCAGCAGAACCCCGGAAGAAGGAAGCUGUACAGGGUCUGUGGCUGGGCCCCUGGGAUCCCCCAGCCGGGGACUUCCUCUUCCUCUCAGAGCAGGUGUGGCUGCCACAGCGUGACAGGGACUACACCCUGACCCCCAACAUGGAGGGGGCCAAGGGGCCCAGGCUCAAAGACUUCCUGAGUGGGAGUCUGGCCACCUGGGCGCUGGGACUGGCUGGGCUGGUGGGGGAGGCAGAAGAAUCAGCGGGGACAGAGGAGGAGGAUAAGGGGCCUCUUUGUACAGAGAAGAGAUUCCUGCAGUUGAGUGAUGGGGCCUUGCUCCUUCGGGUGCUUGGAAUCAUUGCUCCGAGUUCUCGAGGAGGGGGACUUCGGAUGAUCAGGGGUCACGAUGGUCCUGCAGCCUGUCGGAUGUGGAACCUUCAUCAUCUGUGGGGGCGACUGAGGGAUUUCUACCAGGAAGAACUGCAGCUGCUGAUCCUGCCGCCACCCCCAGACCUCCAGACACUGGGGUUUGACCCCCUUUCAGAAGAGGCAGUGGACGAGCUGGAAGGCAUCCUUCGGCUGCUGUUGGGGGCCUCAGUGCAGUGUGAACAUCGGGAGCUCUUCAUCCGUCACAUCCGGGGCCUCAGUCUUGAAGUCCAGAGCGAGUUGGCCGCUGUAAUCCAAGAGGUGACCCAGCCUGGUGCUGGUGUGGUACUGGCUCUGGCUGGACCAGAGUCUGGAGAGCUGGUGGCUGUGGAGCUGGAGAUGCAGUUACGGAACCUGAUGCGGACGAUGUCCAGGCUGGUGCGAGAACGUGAUCUGGGGGCACAGCGGUUGGCUGAAGUGCUACUGGAGCGGGAACCAGCCCACUUGCGGUUGCCAGAGGCUCCUGCUAAUGCUUCUGCAGAGGGUCCCUCGCACCAUCUGGCUCUGCAGCUGACCAACGCCAAGGCCCAGCUGAGACGACUGCGGCAGGAGGUGGAGGAGAAGGCCGAGCUGCUGCUGGACUCCCAGGCCGAGGUGCAGGGCUUGGAGGCUGAAAUUCGAAGGCUCCGCCAGGAGACCCAGGCACUGUCCGGACAAGCUAAACGCGCCGAGCUCUACCGCGAGGAGGCAGAGGCACUGCGCGAGCGAGCCGGCCGCCUGCCACGCCUCCAGGAGGAGCUGCGGCGCUGUCGCGAGAGGCUGCAGGCCGCUGAGGUCUUCAAGGGCCAGCUGGAGGAGGAGCGGGUGCUUUCUGGGGCCCUGGAGGCCUCAAAGGCGAUGCUGGAGGAACAGCUGGAGGUUGCUCGAGAGCGCUCAGCCAGGCUGCAUGAGACCCAGCGGGAGAAUCUGCUGCUGCGCACGAGGCUGGGCGAGGCCCAUGCGGAGCUGGACUCUCUGCGGCAGCAGUUGGAGCAGCUGGUGGAGGAAAAUGUGGAGCUGGAGCUGGAACUUCAGAGGAGCCUGGAGCCACCCCCAGGUUCCCCUGGGGAGGCUCCCCUACCCGGAGCAGCACCCUCACUGCAGGACGAGGUGAGGGAAGCGGAGGCUAGGCGGCUAAGGGCAGUGGAACGGGAGAAUCAGGAGCUUCGAGGCCUGCUGCAGAUGAUGCAGGAGCAGCUUGACAGCCAGCGCCCUCUGCUGGAGGAGCAGAGCAAGGAUGCCAUGCUGCCUGGGCCCAGUGGGGCUCCCCCAACUCCGGGGGCUCCAGAUCACAGCCUCAAAAACUGGUCUUGCCAGAGGGAAGGUGAAGGCCCUAAAUCCUUGGACCUGGCUUCCUCAGCAUCAGACUCUGACAUCACAAGGUCAUCUGAGUGUCCCCAGGCACCUGACUCACAUCCAGAGGUGAUGGAGAGUUCUUUCAAGAUGGUUUCUCAGGAUCCCCAGACCUCAGUCCUAACUCCCCAAGAAUCAGACCCUACUGUGGAAACACAUGGAUCUCUGGAGAAGUCCAGCCAUAGAGUCUCUCUCCAGAGCCCCAUUGUCUGGGACCUACCACAGGGUCCGGAUAUCAGAAUUGAGGUGCAGGAGUUGCUAGAAGAGACUGGAAGCAGGGAGGCUCUCCAAGGGGAGUUGGUGCCCGAGACCCAGGUCCUGAAACGGGAGAGCCCUGAGUGCAGGCCCAGGUCUUCAGAGUUCAAACUCCAGGAGCCACUGAAGGAUCAGGAGACUCUCGAUCAGGGCCUAGAACUGUCCAAGCAGCAGACAGAGGCAGGAGGGCAUGAACAGAGGCCCGAGGGGUUGGUCAGUAAACUGGUCCCCCAGAAACCACAGCAGACAUCAGAAGGCGCUCCUAAUGCCGGGUCCAGGGAGGAGCGAGUCCUGGGGGAGACCCCGGCCAGUGCUGUCCCUGAGGAGCAGGCCCUCAGAGAGGAGGUGGCACAGCUCCGGAGAGAGGUUGUGGGCCUCGAGGCCCAACUGCAAGCCCAGGCCCAAAGGCUGGAGGCCCGAAGUGCAGAGGCUAGCUGCCUCUCGGAGGAGCUGGCCCUAGCGCGCAGGGCAGAGGCUGAGGCCCAUCAGGAGGCAGAGACCCAGGCCCGGGAGCAGGCCCGACUGCGGGAAGCGGUGGAAACAGCCAGCCUGGAGCUGGAGGCUGCAUCUCGAGAGCGGGGGGCGCUGGCUGAGGCGCUGGCUGCAGCGGGCCGUGAACGAAGGCAGUGGGAACGAGAGGGGCCCAGGCUGCGGGCUCAAGCCGAGGCUGCCGAGCAGCAGGUGCAGACUCUGGAGAGCCAGGUCCGUCGUCAUCUGGAGGAGGCUGAGAGGGAGUGCCUGGAGAAACAAGACCUCAGGGAGGAGCUGGAGAAAGCUGUGGUACGGGGCCAGGAGCUGGGGGCCCGGCUGGAGCAUCUGCAGCGAGAGCUGGAACAGGCAGCCUUGGAGCGCCAGGAGUUCCUACGAGAACAGGAGAGCCAGCACCAAAGGUACCAGGGCCUGGAGCAGCGGUUGGAAGCUGAGCUGCGGGCAGCGUCAACCAGUAAGGAGGAGGCGUUGAUGGAGCUCAAGGCCCGGGCCCUGAAGCUGGAGGAGGAGCUGAUUCAGCUGCGACAGUGCCCUGUGGGGCUGGCGACGCAGGUGAGGGCUGACCCUCGGACUGCGGAGACCCAGAACUGUCGGCUCAUCGAGGUGGAGCGAAGUAAUGCCACACUGGUAGCUGAGAAGGCAGCUCUGCAGGGGCAGCUGCAGCACCUGGAGGGGCAGCUGGGGAGCCUGCAGGGCCGGGCACAGGAGCUCCUGCUACAGAGUCAGCGGGCACAGGAGCACAGCAGCCGCCUGCAGGCUGAAAAGUCCAUGAUGGAGAUGCAGGGCCAGGAGCUGCACAGGAAGCUGGGGGUGCUAGAGGAGGAGGUGCGGGCAGCAAGACAGGCCCAGGAGGAGACUCGUGGGCAGCAGCAGGCUCUACUUCGAGACCAUGAGGCCCUGGCCCAGCUGCAGCGGAGACAAGAGACAGAGCUGGAGGGACUGCUGGUGCGGCACCGAGAUCUCAAGGCCAACAUGCGUGCCCUGGAGCUGGCCCACCGUGAGCUGCAGGGCCGGCAUGAGCAGUUGCAGGCCCAGAGGGCCAGUGUGGAAGCACAAGAGGUGGCCUUACUGGCAGAGCGUGAGCGCCUGAUGCAGGAUGGGCAUCGGCAGCGGGACCUGGAGGAGGAGCUGCGGAGACUUCAGAAUGAGCACGACAGAGCUCAGAAGCUGCUGGCUGAGGUGUCUCGGGAGCGAGGGGAGCUCCAGGGUGAACGUGGGGAACUGCGGGGCCGCCUGGUGAGGCUGGAGCUGGAGCGGGCACAGCUGGAGAUGCAGAGCCAGCAGCUCCGUGAGUCCAACCAGCAGCUGGACCUGAGCGCCUGCCGGCUGACCACACAGUGUGAGCUGCUGACCCAGCUUCGCAGCGCUCAGGAGGAAGAAAACAGGCAGCUGCUAGCUGAGGUACAGGCCCUGAGCCGGGAGAAUCGAGAGCUGCUGGAGCGGAGUCUGGAGAGUCGUGACCACCUGCAUCGAGAGCAGCGAGAGUACCUGGACCAGCUUAACGCCUUACGCCGUGAAAAGCAGAAGCUGGUGGAGAAAAUCAUGGACCAGUACCGUGUGCUGGAACCUGGGCCCCUGCCCCGCACCAAGAAGGGCAGCUGGCUGGCAGACAAGGUGAAGAGGCUGAUUCGGCCCCGGCGGGAGGGGGCCCUCCAUGGGGGGCCACGCCUGGGGGCCGAUGGGGCUGGCAGCACCGAGAGCCUGGGGGGCCCCCUGGAGACGGAGCUCCCUGAGGGCAGGGAGGCAGAUGGGACAGGGUCCUCAUCACCGGCACCCAUGCGCCGUGCCCAGAGUUCGCUUUGCUUGGGAGAUGAUUCCCUGGCAGGUGGGCAGCGGAGGAGACUCAGCUCCCGGUUCCCUGGGGGGCGAAGUUCUGAGUCAUUCAGUCCAGGGGACACCCCAAGGCAGCGGUUCCAUCAGCGCAGGCCAGGCCCCCUGGGGGCACCCAGUGCCCACAGCAAAGGAUCUGGUGUGGAAUGGGAUGGCUCCAUUAAGACCCUCCCGGAACACGAAACAGAUGCCAGUCGAGAGGCCCUCCAGGAGCAGAAACCGGAGAAACAUCCCCUUACCCCUUCCCUCAGCCAGUGACACUGUGGGGACAGGAAACUUGGGAGUGAAGCCUUCUCCUCAAUAUAGGGCCGGUGGAUCUCCCAGGCAACCCAAGAGCCGGGGGACCCAGGGACUCCAAGAAGAGUACUUAAACAAAGAGGCCUGGACUCCCAGGCCCUCCACAACCCACACUGGGGCCCCACGAAGGAGCUGGGACAAGUUUGUCAACACAGGAUGUGACUGGUCCCAACGGGUAGCUCCUGGCCAGGGCUCUUGCUCUGGUACACAGCCAUCAUUGAGGAGACGAUCUCUAGGGGAUCCCCCAGUUGAAGGAGCCUGGCAAGAGUGGGUAAGAGAGUCCUCUGCCCGGUCUAGAUGGGAAGCCAAGGCCCAUUCUCUGGGGACAAGCCUGGGCUGAUAUCUAAGCCUUGUCUGGGACAUGAAGGAGAGAAUAAAACUGUAACCCCAUGAAUCUGGGCUCUGUGUCUGCUGGCUGCCUCUGGGAGCCUGGAGGUAUUGGGGAUUCCUAUCGAUGGGCUUCUGUAGCUAGGGAGCCAUGUCCGGACCAGGCAGCAAAAGGAAUUAUAGUGUGACCACUUGGACUUGCCAAAACCUGGAUGUGCUGGCCAGGUGGGCAGCCACUGGUGGGCAGAGCCUGGGUGGGAAGUGGGACAUGGGAUCUGGGAAGUGGGACAUGAUGACCUUGGUUGGCCCUGACCCUGUGUCUCAGGGCACCUCUUUUCUCUCUCCAUAUCUUCCAACCUCCUCAUCUUCUUUUCCAGCCUUUGGGGUUGAGCUCUGCCUCAGGAAGCUCACAGUCACUCGAGGGGGUACUAUAAGACAUGGUGUCCCAUGUCUCUAACCCGAGUCCCUAGGACGAUUACUGGGAAAGGAAACUGUCAUAUUUAGGUUCAGUUGUCAGCUUGACUCCUGGGAGAGGAAACUCAGCUGAGAAAUUGCCACCAUUAGACUGGUCUAUGGGCAUAUCUAUGGAGGCAUUUUCUUGAUUGCUAAUUGAUGUAGGAGGGGCCCAGUCCGCUGUGGUGGUGCAUUCCUAGGCAGGUGAGCCUGGGCGGUAUAAAAAAAGCUAGCAGAGGGGCUGGAGAGAUGGCUUAAUGGUUAAGAGCACUAGCUGCUCUUCUGGAAGACCCAAGUUCAGUUCCCAGCACCCACAUGGCGGCUCACAGCUCUAGGGCAUGCCUCUGGCUUCCAUGGGUACCUACCCAUGUGCACAUACCCACAUGUAGACAUGCAUACCCACACACAAUUAAAAAUAAUAAAAAUAAACCUUAAAGAAAAGAAAAGGCAGUUGAGCAAGCCGAAGGAGGCAAACCAACAAGCAGUGUUCUUCCAGUCUCUGCUUCAGCUCCUGCCCCCAUGUUCCUGCCCCCACGUUCCUGCCCUGGCUUCCCUUACAGGAGGACUGCACCCAGUAAGCCAGAUAAACCUUUUCUUCCCUAAGUUGUUUUUGUCACAGAAACAGAGAAGCAAACUAACAUGGAAGUUGGUACCUGGAACGUGGGGUGUUGCUGUGAUGGACCUGACCAUGUGGCUUUUAUGGACUGUUUUGUGGGAAGAAGGCAGAGGAUUUUGGAACUUUGGGCUGGAAAAGCCAUGGAGUGCUCAGAGCUUAAAGAGCUGUUGUGAGCAAUGCAGACUAUGAAGGCCUGGCUUGUGAAGUUUGAGAGGGAAGUCUGACAGUCUUUCAGAGUUUGCCAGGUUGUCUAUGUGAUGUGUUUGAAGAGUCAGUGGAAAUGAAACCCGUGCUUUACUGGGACCAUGGAUGUUUGUUAGCCAGGGCUGAAACAUCGGCUGGGGUGAAUAAGAAACUGGCACCAUUGAGGCAGACUUCUGGGAAGUGCUUCUCAGGGUCACCACACAGAAGCUGUGGCCUAGUAGGGGCCAAGGUUGCAUCUCAAGCUGUCAGCAGAACUUGGCAAACAGUGUGUAAGUCUUACACCUAGUGUUGGUAUUUUGAAGGCAUGAAAGGGUCAUGGGGAACAGCCGAGGCUUGGUACUAUGUGGCAGGGUCAGAGUCCCCGACGGGAGGCCAGGAGGCCACUGGCGAAGGUGCAGUCUCAGUCACGAUGGAAACCUCAGGAUAUUGGAGGUGCCAGGGCUGUGAGACAAGUGCCAAGGACAGCAGCAGUUGUGGAAGGGAGCUGACUUAAGCCUACACGACAAGCUGUGUGUGCUGUGGAUGGCAGGCCAGAGGAGCAGACCUCAGUCAGUGCUUUGGAGCCAGAAGAUCAUGAGUGAGUACCAGAUGCUGGGCCCCCGAGAUACAGGCUUUGACAUCAUUACUGGAUGUCGGGUUUUGCUUGAUCUGAUUGUAUCCGUAUCCUGGUUCUUCCCUUUUGAAUAAAGUAUGUAACUAUUUUGGAUUUUACCGUA